CAUUUUAUAAGUCCAACUUUUUCAGUGUACAUUGGAAAAUAUAGCUUGUGACAGUGUGAGAAAAAAGGAAUAACAGUUAAAUAAAGAUCCUCCUUUAUUCAGAGCUUCCAGCGUAUUCAGGCAAUGCCUUCAUCAUGAAAUAUAAAUACUUCCUCUGUCUGGCUGAACUCCUGCUGAAAACAAUCUACUGAUUGUACUUUGAAACUACAGCCAUAGAUACAAAAUGUGUGAUACACAAUGUGGAUAUAAGUCUUUACGAGAUUGAAUAUGGUUGUGCUUAACUUUCCUACUACUGUACACUUGUACAUUGAGGAAAUAAGUGACAAUUUACCUUUACAAAUAAGAGAUGAACACAAAUAAAUUUGAUUGAUUCAUUGAACUGUUCACAAUGCAAUGUUUGAUAGACAUGUCCAGCCCAGUGUGAGCACAUCAGCUGUUUUCUUAUUUUCUGAAGCUGAGAAGAUUCCUGAUGGACAUGAAGAGUAAGUUGAUGAAGCUAAUUGAUUAAAAUCUUCAUUACAUUAACUCAUGUGCCACUGAUGGAAUUUAAUAAAUCCACCUGGAGAUCUACAACCCCAGUUCCAGUGAAGUUGGGACGUUGUGUAAAACAUAAAUAAAAACAGAAAUCGAUGAUUUGCAAAUCCGUUUCAACCUAUAUUUAAUUGAAUAAACUACAAAGACAAGAUAUUUAAUGUUCAAACGGAUAAACUUUAUAGUUUUUUGCAAAUAAUCAGUCAUUUUGAAUUUGAUGCGUGCAACACGCAUCAAAUUUCCUGCAGUAUUUAGUUCCAACCUGUAUCUAAAAUGCUGCCUCUUCCUUUCAUAACACUAUCAUCUGAUCCAGCCAGUGUGUAAGAUGGUGAAACAGCCAGUUAAACUCCAUGACAGCUUUUCACGCAAUGCAUGAGGGGCAUGCCCAGCCUAGCCCAGCCCCUAGAGUCCCGUGUGUUUCUUGAGUAGAAACUGACGAUGGAGUUGAAGAGUUAGUAGAUGAAGCUGGUUGAUCAGAAUGGCUGGUUAAGAUGUUCUCAGAAUACAGGAUUCAUCCAGCUCUGCUUCACCUGCUUUACUGUCUGCUGUGCUCAGCUGGAGAAGAGGUUGUUAGACUGCAGGAGCUGGAGGGAAACACUGUAACCAUCCAUACUGGAUUAACUGGAGUUCAGAGUGAUGCUCAGAUACUGUGGUUCUAUAUAUCUGAGAGUGUAGAUAUAAAGAUAGUGAACAGUCAGAUCAUUAGAGGAGAGAUUAUUACAGACUAUUACAGUGAGAGAUUCAGAGACAGACUGCAGCUGAACAGAACCAGUGGAUCUUUAACCAUCAGGAACAUCAACAGAGAAGAUUCUGGAGUUUAUAAACUACAGAUCAUUACUGGACAUCAGUCAGUCUGGAGUUUCAGUGUUGAUGUCUAUGCUCCAGUAUCAAAGCCAGUCAUAAGAAAUCAAGCUGAAAAGCGCUCAGUGAGUCUCAGAGAGUCGUGCUCUCCUCUGUGCUCUGUGGAGAACGGGAAGGAUGUGAGUUUGUCCUGGUAUGAAGAGAAAGAGAGAAUCUCCAGCAUCAGCAGCUCAGAUUCCAGUGAACGUCUUUAUCUUCCUCUGAAUAAAACCGACCCAAACAACUCUACCUACACCUGUGUAGCUGCUAAUCCAGUUAGCACUCAAACAACCCAGCUCAACAUUACAAACAUCUGCUGUAAAGCAGCCUCAGGUCAAAAUGUUAAGAGAGAUCGCUUCAUAUUGCUGGCUGCUGUUCUGACAUCUGUAGGCCUGCUUGUGGUUCCAUCGUUAUUAUUUGUGUGGUUCUGCAAAAAGAAGAAAAGGAAACAAGAUUCCGAAGACGCUGAGUUGAAUUACACUGAAGUAAAAACCCUAACUCGGAAUUCAAGAGCAGCUCCUGAGAUAAACAGAGCUGGAGUGGCAGAAGAAGACCACAGUGGAUCAGUGGAUUAUACAGAGAUCAGACAUUAACUGUAUUUCAGCAGCUGUAUGUCCUUUUUUUAAUUAUGUUUUACAUUAUUUGCAGAUAGCUGCCUUGUUUUGAUCAGUAUUGGCCAAACUUGUCGUUUACUGUGUGAGCGCUCACCCAAUCCAUUUCUGUAUUUAUGCUGUGUUUAUUGUUUAUGAAUUUUAUAAAAACAUCUCAGUCUGUGCUGGUAUUAAAUUAUAUUUUAUGUCUUUGUA